UAAAAAAUUACGAAAUUACAAAACCAUUUUGCAGUUUGGAAGUAGAGCAAGGGAAGAGUUUUUGCCUCUGGAGAAUGACGAGGGCCGCUCUCUUCCAUUUGCUACGAUCACAAUCCAAACAUAUCUCGCGAAGAAAUUACUAUUCAGGUUAUCAUCUCCAACGAUCAACAGCAUGGAUCAAUGAAAAAUUUGUACCCACUAGCAACUUUCUUUCGCAGAAAAAUGCAGUCCAGAAGAGAUGGGCAUCUCAAGCUCCAACAAGAGAAGAUGAUGGCAAGAUCAGCAUUGGACCUGAAAGAGGAUCCGAGGAAGAUGAAAAAGAUGUUGCUUAUAUUGGGCCAAUCUCGUCGACCAUCAAGAAAGUUAAGCUUCUAUCUUUAUCUACAUGCUGCCUCUCUGUAUCACUCGGACCAGUCAUAACCUUCAUGACGUCCCCUGACAUGAAUGUGAUUCUGAAAGGUGUUGUUGCAUCAUCUGUGAUAUUCCUCAGUGCUACUACUACUGGAGCACUUCACUGGUUCGUGAGCCCUUAUGUUCAUAAAAUUAGAUGGAAACCAGGUUCAGACAGUUUUGAGGUUGAGGUUAUGUCGUGGCUGGCAACUUACAUUCCACGAACCAUUCGAUUUGCUGAUAUUCGACCACCCGAAACAAACCGUCCCUUUGUGACCUUCAAGGCUAAUGGGAACUUCUACUUUGUAGACAAAGAGCACUGUCAUAAUAAGGCACUCUUAGCCAGACUGACUCCUCAGCAACGUGAAUCGGCUUUUAGAAACUUAUGAUUGUCUUGGAGAUUUUUUCUUUUCUUCAUUGAGUUGAAGGCCAAUGAGAUGGCUGAACUGUUGUCAUAAAUCAUGUAUACUUUCACCAUAGACAAAUUGCUGCUCAUUGUACCGUUUAGAUCAAUUUUGGCAGAAUAUGGUCUUUUUUAAACACAA